CUACUUGCUCGAUUCUCUUGCUCCCAUCUUCUCCACCAUCUUCACACUCUUUCUCUUUCCCAGUAGUAACUCUCAGCUCGCGAACAGGUAGUUCAGUGUUUUUUGUUUCGGAACUCGGGCAAAAUGCAGAAGGGAAUUGCUGGUGAUGCUCCAUCACCACCUACAACUCGUGUUCGGCAUCGUAAGCGGAAUAGUGAUAUUGGUGCAGGGGCAGGCAAAACAAAUGGGAACCAUUUACUUGUCAAUGACAGUAGCAAAUACAAAUCUUUUCUCGUUAGAGCAUACUCCACUAUCUGGAUGAUAGGUGGUUUUGCUCUAAUAGUUUACUUGGGUCAUCUCUACAUUACAGCCAUGGUGGUUGUUAUUCAGAUAUUCAUGGCUCGAGAACUGUUCAAUUUGCUGAGAAAGACUCAUGAAGAUAAACAGCUCCCUGGGUUUAGAUUACUGAAUUGGCACUUCUUUUUCACAGCCAUGCUCUUUGUAUAUGGUCGAAUACUUAGUCAACGUCUAGUCAACACUGUGACUCCAGACAAAGUCCUAUAUCGGCUGGUCACCAGCCUCAUCAGAUACCACAUGGCAAUAUGUUACUCCUUGUAUAUUUCCGGCUUUGUUUGGUUUAUUCUGACUCUGAAAAAGAAGAUGUACAAAUAUCAGUUUAGCCAAUAUGCAUGGACGCAUAUGAUCUUAAUUGUGGUGUUUACUCAGUCCUCAUUCACAGUUGCCAACAUUUUUGAAGGAAUCUUCUGGUUUUUACUUCCUGCAUCACUUAUCGUCAUCAAUGACAUAUUUGCAUAUAUCUGUGGUUUCUUCUUUGGAAGAACACCGUUGAUCAAGUUAUCACCAAAGAAAACAUGGGAGGGUUUCAUUGGAGCUUCUAUUACCACAGUGAUUUCUGCAUUCCUGCUUGCAAAUAUAAUGGGUCGGUUCCUGUGGCUGACUUGUCCCAGAGAGGAUCUAUCAACUGGCUGGCUUCACUGUGACCCUGGUCCAUUGUUCAAGCAAGAGACACAUACUUUACCAGGAUGGAUUUCUGAUUUGUUACCUUGGAAAGAAAUUACUAUCUUACCAGUUCAGUGGCAUGCUCUAUGUCUUGGAUUAUUUGCUUCUAUAAUAGCGCCUUUUGGUGGCUUCUUUGCCAGUGGUUUCAAAAGAGCUUUCAAAAUCAAGGACUUUGGUGAUAGUAUUCCCGGACAUGGUGGUAUGACAGAUAGAAUGGAUUGUCAGAUGGUGAUGGCUGUUUUUGCAUAUAUAUAUCAUCAAUCGUUUGUUGUACCUGAAGUCCUCUCUGUGGAUAAGCUCUUAGACCAGAUUAUCACAAGCUUGACAUUAGAGGAACAACAAGCUCUGUUCAUGAAACUUGGCCAAAUGUUGCAGGAAAAGGUUAUUGGAUCUUAGAUCGUCACAACCCUUCAUUGUACUCUGUUCCUGUGUUACCAAAAAGUUAGAAAAUCAUUGGAUACAAAAGAAAGAAAAAGGAAAAGUAGAAUAAUAAGUUGGUUAUGUGUUGCAUCUUGGUUUUAGCUUCUGUAUAGUAAAUGGUUCACCUUUAAGAAAGUAAAGAGCUCAUUACAACUUGAAUUUGA